AUGGCAAGCACCCCGGAGAAGGUGCCUGCGAGGCAAGAUGCAGUUCAUACAUCCGAGGCUUCCAGCACAACACAAGGCGAUGCGACCGCCAAUGCCAACCUUACCGAGAAGACAGAGACGGAUCCACACUUGGAGGAUGCCGGGCCCGAUGGUCGGGUCAUUUUGACGGAGGAUAUGUGCUACGACAAGCUUGGUUACUCUUGGAGCGAAGGCAAGAAGUGGAGGAUCAUCGCUGUGAUUUUCUUGGUCCAGGUGUCCAUGAACUUCAACACUUCUCUCUACUCCAAUGGUUUGGCGGGUAUCUCCAAGGAAUUUGAUGUCUCGUUGCAGGCUGCCCGGUGUGGUGCCAUGAUCUUCCUGAUUCUCUAUGCCUUCGGUUGUGAGCUGUGGGCUCCAUGGUCUGAGGAACUGGGUCGUAAAUACGUACUCCAGUGCUCCCUUUUCUUUGUCAACGUUUUCCAGCUUCCGGUGGCUCUUGCUCCCAACUUCGCUUCCAUCAUGGUCGGCCGUGCUUUGGGUGGUCUGGCUUCCGCCGGUGGCUCCGUGACUUUGGGUAUGGUUGCCGAUCUGUGGGAAGCCGACACUCAACAGUAUGCGGUCGCAGCGGUCGUUUUCUCUUCCGUCGGUGGUUCCGUUCUGGGCCCCGUCGUUGGUGGCUUCGUCCAGCAGUACCUUCACUGGCGCUGGGCCAUGUGGAUCCAGUUGAUCUUCGGUGGUUUCGUCCAGAUCUGCCACUUCUUCCUGGUGCCUGAGACGCGUACCACUGUUCUCAUGGACCGCAUUGCGAAGGAAAUGCGUGAGAGCGGCGAGAACCCCAAUGUGUGGGGUCCUACUGAGGGUCUCUCUCUCCGUGAACGCUUCCCUCCUCGCGAGAUCAUUGCGACCUGGAUCCGGCCAUUCCGCAUGUUCCUCACCGAGCCCAUCGUGUUGACCUUGUCCCUGCUCAGCGGUUUCAGUGACGCUCUGAUUUUCAUGUUUAUCCAGUCGCUGUCCCUUGUAUACGGCCAAUGGGGUUUCAACGACUGGCAGGUCGGUCUCGCCUUCAUUCCUUUGAUCAUCGGUUAUUUCAUCGCUUGGUUUUCGUGGUUCCCCAUCAUCAAGCGCAACAUGGCUGAACGCGCCGCCAACCCUGAUAGCGAACGGGCCCAGUACGAAUCGCGACUGUGGUGGUUACUCUAUACUGCCCCUUGCCUGCCUAUUGGCUUGAUCGGUUUCGCUUGGACCAGUUUGCCGCAGUGCCACUGGAUUGGAUCCAUGAUUUUCGCUGCCAUCAUCGGUAUCGCCAACUACGCUAUUUACAUGGCCACCAUCGACUACAUGAUCUGCGCUUACGGUCCCUACUCUGCCUCCGCCACCGGCGGCAACGGAUGGUCUCGUGACUUCCUGGCUGGUGUGCUGACCAUCCCCGCAACUCCUUUCUUCGAGAACAUUGGUGGAAAGCACCACUUGGAGUACGCCUCCACCAUCCUCUUUUGUAUCUCGUUUUUGCUGGUGACCGCUGUCUACAUCAUUUAUUGGAAGGGCCCUGUUCUGCGCAAGCGUUCUCCCUUCGCCCAGCAGCUUUCCGAGGCUCGUCACGAUCUGGCCGUCCAGGUCGAGCGCCGCCAAUCCAAGGUCCCUGAGCACUCGCGCGCCAACUCGUACGCUCGAUCCCAGCAAGACCUUCGUCUGCGCUCUACCCUCGGCAACAGCAGCCGUCCCGGCUCUCGCGUCGCUUCGCGUGCGAACUCCCGUGCCAACUCUCGUGCCAAUUCGCGCCGCAAUAGUUUGGUAUCUGAAGAGGAGUAA